GCGAAAUACAUCUCCCAGUGCAUCGAUGAGAUCAAGCAGGAGCUAAAGCAGGACAACAUUGCAGUGAAGGCAAACGCAGUCUGCAAACUCACCUACUUACAGAUGCUGGGCUACGACAUCAGCUGGGCUGCUUUCAAUAUUAUUGAAGUCAUGAGUGCGUCGAAGUUUACAUUCAAAAGAAUUGGUUACCUAGCUGCCUCGCAGUGCUUUCAUGAAGGAACUGAUGUAAUUAUGUUGACUACUAAUCAGAUCCGAAAGGAUCUGAGUAGCCCUAACCAGUAUGAUACUGGAGUUGCACUGACUGGCUUGUCCUGUUUUGUUACUCCAGAUCUUGCCAGGGACUUGGCAAAUGACAUCAUGACACUG